AUGGAGCCCACACAGAAUGUGACCGAAUUCAUCCUUUCAGGACUUUGCCAGAACAAGAAGUUACGGCCAGUGUGUUUUACAUUCUUUGUGCUCCUCUACCUCGCCACUGUGCUGGGAAAUCUUCUCAUCAUAGUCACAGUGAAGAGCAGCCAGAAUCUAAAGUCGCCCAUGUAUUUCUUUCUGAGCUUCCUGUCCUUUGUGGACAUGUGUCUGUCCUCUGUCACGGCCCCCAAGCUGAUGGCAGACUUCCUGGUGGAGAAGAAAACCAUCUCCUUUGGGGGCUGCAUAGCGCAGCUGUUUGUGAUCCAUUUCUUUGGAUGCACUGAGAUCUUCCUCCUCACCGUGAUGGCCUACGACCGUUACAUCGCCAUCUGCAAGCCCCUCCACUAUGCCACCGCCAUGACUGCCUGUGUGUGUGGCUCACUUGUGGCAGCUUCGUGGCUGGGGGGCUUUGUGCAUUCCAUAAUCCAGACUCUCCUGACCAUCCAGUUGCCCUUCUGUGGGCCCAAUGAGAUGGACCACUAUUUCUGUGACGUCCACCCUUUGCUGAAACUGGCCUGCACGGACACCUAUCUCGUUGGCAUCAUGGUCAUUGCCAAUACUGGCAUGAUUUCCCUGACCUGUUUUGUCGUGCUCGUUGUGUCCUACGCCGUUAUCUUAUUCUCCUUGAGAAGUCGCUCCUCCGAAGGCCGCCGCAAAGCUCUUUCCACCUGCGCCUCUCACCUUGCUGUCGUGAGUAUAUUUUUUGGGCCGUGUAUCUUCAUGUAUUUACGGCCUCCCACCACCUUCUCAGAAGAUAAGAUGGUCACUGUGUUCUACACCAUUGUCACCCCUGUGCUGAACCCCUUGAUCUACACCCUGCGAAAUGAGGAGGUGAAAAAUGCCAUGAGAAAAUUAGGGAGCAGACAAGUGACAUUAGGGGUGAAAUGA